CUCAAAUUUUAUGUUUAACGAGAGGAAAUAUUCAGCUUAUUUUUUCUCAAAUUUUAUGUUUAACGAGAGGAAAUAUUUAGUUUGUUUUGUCUCAAAUUUUAUUUAACGUGAGGAAAUAUUAAGCUCAUUUUGUCUGAAAUUUUACUUCACGAUGGGAAAUAUUCAGCUUAUUUCCUUCCUGUACAUACAUACAUAACUAGAACUUUGUUUAUUUAGGUCCGAUUGAGAGUUUAAAAUUAAAAAAGAAAUUAAAUAUGGUCAAGAUUUGAGUAAAUUAUUAUUUUUCAUUAUUUAUUCAAAGCUGUCACAAAUAGGGCAACUUAAUAUGUACAAGAUAAGUCCGUAUCAGAUGUAAUACUUUUUCAAGAUGGUUAAUUUGAUAUUAAAUUCAUCUCUUGAAGACUCGGCUUCCGUAAUAAAUAAUGAUGAUGACUCCAACGUGUUGAGUAGGAAGACGGUUAAAAAGAAGCCGAGAUUAUUUUAGUAAAUAAGAAACAAGUUAACUUAAAUGUAUACGAACUGAUCAGUGAAAAGUAAAAGCGAGCGUGUUGCGUCCUAAAAUGGCAUCGAACCAUGAAACAAACUAAUUAAAUGAGGAUACAUAAGCAAUAAUAAUAAUGAUACUAUUUGUUUUAAUAGUUAUUUUUAUUGUGAGCACAGACCACGUUGGAUUGACUGACUUUUGAUAAAUUUGAUUACAAGGGUUGAUAGUUAAGAAAAAAACGAUGCAUCUGUGAGAUCCAUAUACCACUUUUUUCUAGAAUUCUCACUGCGGCAUAAUACAUGAAAUUAAUAUUAUUAUAACUUGGAGGAGAGAGAUUGUUACUAAAUUGUAGGUACAUAUUUAUGUAGAUGUUGUUUGUUGGUUCACGACGUGUCGAAUAUCGUUUUCGUUUUUCAUUUGCAUUCCGUUAGUUGGUCAGUGCGUAAGUAGAAAGAAAAGACCACUUGCUACUCAAAAACUUGUCUGCGUCGGUCGAGUGACAGUGCCGUUGGGGUGACAGUGAUUAAUUCCUUUAAUUAAAAAAUUUAACAUUUCAGAAAAACAAACAUGGAAAAAGUUUUGUCGGUGGGUCGACACCUUAUUAUUUUGGUGUCGAUACUUCCUUCAAUAUUAGCCGCGCCCCGGCCAGAAGCUCCCGUGGCGAAUUAUAUCGCCAACUUUUAUGAUCCACACCCAAUCUCGACGUAUGGAGCGCAUCCGUUUCAUAUAAAUUCGCACUCGAGUGAGACACCGGCGGACAUCCACCGGGACGACGUUCAUGUAGGAAACAGUCGGCGUGGAACGAGCCAUGAGGAUCAUGACGAUUAUUCAUACAAUUCUUACAGUCAACCUCGAUACCGGCCGAGGAGUCAUCAUUCGUACGGAAAUUCAAAUAAAUAUCCAAAAUAUUCUGGGGAACAUCACGACGACCAUGACGCCCAAGAUUCGCCAAGCUAUUCAUCCCCAAGUAAAUCGGGUUAUAAUCCGUACAAAGCUGGACGAGAUUACUCCCCGUUUCAAGGUUAUGCUCCUGAAGGAUGGUUCAACACGAUGCAGGGAGGUUAUGACGACUACGGCUACAAUUACGACAGGGCUGGGUCAAACAGUCCGGCGUAUAAGGGACCCCCAAGGAAGAGUUCGUACAAUGGGGGGUAUGGCAGUACUGGACCGUCUUCCAUGGAGCAUGAUCAUCAUCCAUCCGUUUACUCGUUUGGAGCUGGAGCACCUGAAUUUGUCUCGUACACGGAGGAUGACGAACCCAAACACACAUUUUCCACGCUUAAAUCGGGAAAUCGACGUCCUUCCAACGGCUACGGAGAGGAUCCUUACUUUACAUUCGGACCAAAAAAGAAGACCUCGACGAAACCGGUUUCCUCACUUUUUGACAUUUUAAGUGCUGUUACGGGAGAAUCGUCAAAAUCAUCUUCUGGCAGUUAUCGACUUGGCGGAAACAAGUACUCGGGACCGAAGGCGAGCAGCAACAAAUAUUCAAGCUCUGGUCGUCCAAAAUCGAGUAGCAGACCGUCGUCAUCGUACUAUGAUAAGGACUAUAAAGAUGAUCACCCAAUUGAGGAUGACGAACCAAUAAUCUUCGAAGAGUUUGAGCAGAUAACGGAUGACAGCAACAGGAAAGAUGUUUUGCAUGACGAUGCAGAUGAACAGUAUGGUAAAUCUGGUAGUAAAAGGGGCCAAGAAGAUAAGCACAGGUCGCACCGCUCACCUAGCACACGCUCAAAAAAGCACCACAAUCGACACAAUAAGCGCCAAAACAGCAACACCAAGCAGCAGCUUUCGCACGAUAAUAAUAAGAACAAUAAUAAGCAACGUUCACAAGAACAUUCUAGGAACGAGGGAGGAGAAAGACGUCCCCAAAGUAAACGCCCACGCAGCAAAUCCCCCCUCGAUCUUUUGCGAAGGUUGAGAAGGAAGCCUAGCAGACCCACGAAUUAGUUAAUUAAUUAAUGAGUUAAUUGUCUGUUGUAAGUAUUAAUUUAUAAACAUGGUACAAGUUUACAGUGAAAUUGUUCGUAUGCCACUUACCUACAUAAGUUGUGUCUUUGUUUUGUAUACCAUUUUUAUAUCACUGCAUGAUUCUCAGAUUUUGCAGCUUUAUUUUGUGUAAAUAAAGAUUAAGUGUGACCAUUAA